AUAAAACUGUCCUGGCAACAAAUAUCCGAGCCAGUUCCCUGGUAUCGAGAACGAACAGGAUGUCGGUCGUAGGCCACAGAGGCGCUAGCGAUUCAUAUCCCGAAAACACUGUUUUAUCAAUCGAACGAGCAAUAGCCGAUGGUGCCGACGCUGUUGAGUUCGAUAUCCAGUUAACGCUGGAUAAAGAAAUAAUUGUUCUUCAUGAUUCGUUGUUAGAUCGCACGACAACUGGUGAAGGUAAAGUGUCGACCAAGAACUUUCAUGGAUAUAUUGAAUUCUUGACUACCAAGAAACCUCCUCACUGCAAAAUCCCUAGAUUUGAAGAUGUUUUGGAUGUCUUCUUAAGACCAGAAAAUUCCAAAGUUUGGGCGGUAAUAGAUGUCAAGCUAGAUAACUCGCCUGAAGUCUUAGAAAUACUCUCAACCAUUUUUAAAAAACAUGGUGAUUUGAGUCAUUUCAGGAACCAGUUUUAUAUAGGAAUUUGGCAUCCAAAAUUUGUGCCAAUAUCUAGGAAUUAUCUGCCUGAACUUCCAAUUAUUCAUAUCGGAUUUUCGCUGAAUGUAGCCCGAAAAUACUUUCCGGAUGUUGAUGGAUAUAACAUGCUACAUAUCAUACUCUGCGACAAAGAUGGCAAAAAGUUUAUUGAAAAUGCCCAUGAACUGUCUAAACCAGUUUUCACUUGGACCGUAAAUAAAGAACAUCAUGCAACUAAUUGUUAUAAUUACGGUGUCGAUGCCAUAAUGACCGAUAGGCCGAAAUAUUUUGUAAGUUAUUUGAGAGAGGGCGGCAAGAGUAGUAGUAAUUGGUUUUCUGCUUGGAUUAAACGUUUUUUUUACUCUGCCCUGAAAUUUUUUGUCGAUUAUAUGUGUGUUCGAAAAUUAAAGCAAUAUGGCGAUUUGGAUGUACCUAAAAGAAUAAGUGUGAACAACACGCAAUAA